AUGAAUAAAGGAACUAAAUUGCUUCACCGUCUGCAACAGGAACUUUGGGCGCACAGCUGUUCAGUAGAGGCACAGUCUGUGGGCUCUGGCAUGACAAUUUGCAAACCGCUUGUCGGCUGUGGCCCUGCGACCGCCGAUCUACUCUUCACAAAUUCUUCUACUCAUUAUCAAAACACAUCUGCUGGCACUAACUCAUCAUGCGAGCCUGCAGACCUGCUGAGUUCUUCCAUUCGACCUACUUUGGACACUACUAGAAUUAUUGACCCUGUCGUUGGACCCGUUUGUGUCAAUAUAUCAUCUGGAGAUGGCAUUGUUGAACAACUGGGCUACCCUCUUAGUGAUUCAUUUGGCCAUACUGGCUUUGUCGAAAGCUCGGCUACUUUACCAACAUCGGUAGUCCUGGCCAAUAGCUCUGACCUUGGAGGUACCUCGGCGACUCUUAGUUUGGGCGCAGCUGGUGCCCUUGCCGCAGUUAUUUCAACUCGGCCCCGAGUGGGUCGGUACAGUCUGAUUGGUGGCCACCGCUCUUUAGGUGGCCGAGGUAUUGGAAGCGGCGGUGGUGGAGACGGCGCGAUAGGUGGAGGCAGUGGUGGCGGUGGAAGUAGUGGCAGAUUGGGUAUUCGAUUCUGCCAAAGCAAAAAGCGGGCUGGCACAUCCCAUUUGAUUGAUCCGACGACCUCGUUCGUUGGUGGCUCUCAAAUUAGCCAAUUAUUGCCAUCAAUAUCUAAUGUUCCCACAUUCCCUUCUACUUCAUUAAGCAUGGCAUACGCAUCCUUUUCUGCUCCACCACUCCCCUCUCAUCAGAUUUUAGGGGAUAUUAUUUCACCCCAUAGUAGUAUUUUACCUUUGACACACAUUCCUAAUCCUAGUAUCACAUUAGAAAAGUCUGUAUCUUCCUCUACCGGAACUUCAAAGCAAGCUACUUUUUCUACACGGAAACAACAUAGACAAGCCCAACUCCUUGGCUCAUUUGAGAAGUUUCCUGGACAGUCUUCUUCUUGUGGUAAAGCGCACUUUCAGUCUAUCACCUCAGGGGAUAAAAAGCUCAUUACAGUGAUUGAAAAAAAGUUACAUUCUCAAAGCAAGCUUAAUAAACACUCUCUGCAGCAGCAACCUGAUUAUGAUUCCAGUAUAAGUGCUCAACACUUCCUACCAGCAAAAAUGCAUCAGCCAGUUCAACUUACUGACUUGUCCUCCACACAGCCUCCUUUUGGCAACGAUAUCGUGAGCAGAUUUUUUUGCAUUUUGGUUAAUUUCGCAUUUUGUCUGAAUUUUUCUUACGUCGCGUAUACUCCUUAA